UGUUUAAUAUAAUGAAAACAACAUGAAGAUAUGAAGAUUUCUAGCUUCUUGUUCAUUGAGUCUCAAAACAUUUAUACUUCAAAAAGCCAAGGUUGAAUUUAAUUUUAGGGACCCAAAUAUGGUUAAUUUGUGCAAGUUUGUAGCCAUAGAUGGUGUGAAGCCAAUACUGUUAAUGAUAGUGGUCCAGGGUAUACAUGCAUUGCUUAGUAUUAUGAUAAAGAUGGUAACAAAUGAUGGAAAAAGCUUAAGUGUUCUUGUUGCCUACCGGUUCCUCUUUUCUGCUACUUUCAAUGUUCCUGUUGCUCUCCUCUUUGAAAGGAAAAGCAUGCAACACAUUACUGGCAUAGUUCUAUUCCAAGCUUUUCUUUGUGGAUUAUUUGGGGGAUCCUUACAACAAAACCUCUAUGCUAAAUCUUUGGCCUUGAUACCAGCAACAUACACAAUCACAAUGUUAAACCUCAUCCCCGUUGUUACCUACAUUAUGACUGUUUCUCUUAGAUUGGAGAAGCCAAAUCUUGGAACAAGAGCUGGCAAGGCAAAAUUACUGGGAACAUUAACUGGAGUUGGUGGUGCUAUGAUCCUCACUUUAUAUGAAGGGAGAAGAAUAUUCAACUGGCCCCUACACAUUGAUUUAUCGAAAUAUAUGUCACCACCACCAGCCAAUGGUUCUCGCUUGUGGGGUCUCAUCCUAGCUCUGGGAACAUCUCUCUGUUUCUCAUUGUGGUACAUAGUCCAGGCAAAGAUGAGUCAGAAGUUUCCGUGGCAGUAUUCAGUUGCAGCUUUAACUUCUGUAAUGAGCGCAAUCCAAUCCAUUAUAUAUGCUCUUUGCACUGAGAGAGAUUGGAGCCAAUGGAAAGUUGAAUGGAACUUAAGGCUUCUAACCGAAGCUUCCGCGGGUAUCUUGGCAUCUGGGGUAUGUUUUAUCCUGUUAGCAUAUUGCGUGCGCAUGAAGGGACCUUUCUUUGUGUCUGCUUUUAGCCCUCUACUGCUUGUGCUUGUGGCCCUGGCCGGUACAAUUGUACUAGAUGAGUACAUUACCAUCGGAAGUGUAACAGGGGCUGUGUUGAUUGUGUGUGGAUUGUACAUGUUGUUGUGGGGUAAAAGCAAAGAAUCAAAGAUGGUAGAAAGUGACGAUGUGUCCACAAAAGCUUCUGUUCCAUGUGAUUCACCUUUGGCUUGCAAUCAAAAGGAGCAUGAUUAUGUGUCAACAAUUCCUUAGGAUCGAGAAUAACAAAUGGUGAUCUGUAGUUCAAAAAAACAAAUGGGGAUCUGAGGGUAACAAUUCAUAUGAUCAUAUUAUAUUGAACAAUUUUUUAAAGGUAUAUUAUAGGCUUAAAUACUCUGGAGGUCCCUGGAAUUGUAUGACGUACGAAAAUAAGUUCUUGAAAUUUUUUUUUUGAUUCCGGAUCCCUGAAAUUUUUUUUAAUCAAAAUAUGUCCCUACCCAUGUU